AUGCCAUCUUGGACUCAUUUAAUUCGGUUCAUUGCCGUUGAGGACAGCCUAGUCCAUCUCGGCCAAUUGGUUGACACUUCUCGUGAUAUCGGGCGCGAUUCUGUUGAUGGUGUUGAAAUCGCAGCCUUUGUGAUUGAUGGAUCGAUUUUCGAUGGGCGUGUGACAACAGAAGUCAUGCAUGUCAAGCAACUUCUAUCUCCUGUUUCCCGAGAAGAAUGUAAUUAUAUCCGGUGCCUCGGGCUGAACUACAUGGAUCAUGCAAAUGAAGCCAGUAUGGACUUACCCAAAGCCCCGAUUCUCUUCACGAAGCCUCGGACUGCCCUUAGCGGCCCGUUCCCUGCAGCAAUCAACAUCCCAAAAUGUGCCCAAGACAAUACCAGUGACUACGAGGCUGAGCUAUGUGUCGUAAUUGGCAAGACGGGCCGUGACAUUCCCGAAGAGGAAGCGUUGGACUUUGUGCUGGGAUAUACUGCAUCCGACGAUGUUUCUGCCAGAGCACUGCAGUUCAUGACGACCCAAUGGUCAUUUUCUAAGGGUCUUGAUGGAAGCUGCCCAAUUGGACCGGUUCUUGUUGCCCCAUCCGUCAUUGAAGACCCUCAGGCUUUGUCUAUUAAGGCAAUCCACAAUAACAACAUUGUUCAAGACGGACAUACCAAGGAUAUGAUCUUCUCUAUCAAGAAGCAAAUUUCCUACCUCUCUCAGGGAAGUACUUUGGAAGCGGGAACAAUAUUUUUGACUGGAACGCCUGCUGGCAUUGGCUACUUCCGUGAACCAAGAGUCAUCUUGAGACAUGGCGAUGAGAUUUCCGUCCAAAUUGAAAAGAUCGGAACUCUCGUCAACAAGGUCCGAUAUGAAGAACGAUGA